CCGAGCUUUGUUGCGAACGGCGUGUCCCGCUCUCAAGACCAUCAACCGUAAGGCUCACAGUGAUUUUUCGCACAGCAACACAGCUGUUCAUCUAGAACAACAUGGCACCAAAGAACAACAAAGGCAAGGCCAAGGAGCCUGAGAAGGCCGGCGCAGGAAAGGUGAAAGGAGCUCAGAGCAUUAAUGUCCGCCACAUACUUUGCGAGAAGCACGCAAAGAAGGAAGAGGCAGUUGCCAAGCUGAAUGCUGGCGUCAAGUUUGAUGAAGUCGCAAGAGAAUUCUCAGAGGACAAGGCUCGUCAAGGUGGAUCUCUCGGCUGGAAAACCAGAAAAGAUCUUAUUCCAGAGUUCGCGAAUGUUGCUUUCGAAUUGGAGGCAAGCACCACCAACAAUCCCAAGUGGGCUGAAGUAAAGACUACGGAAGGCUUCCAUCUUGUCAUGUGUGAAGGCAGGAAGUAAAGGACAGGCAGAUCUACGCGCUAUGUCCAUCUAAAAGUCAUGUGUAGUACCUGGUAAUCAACGGCAUGCUUUAAAAAGAUCAUUGAGAUGAAGCAGAGUAAUUUGUCUGGCAUUCGAUCGGCUAGCGAGAAGAAGUAUAAAAGCAACAUCCACUCAGGGACGUUCGUAAGGAGUGU